AUGGAUAUUAACAAUCCUCACAACCAAAGUUAUUGGUUUGUCCUUCGAGAAGAUCAAAGCAAUGUCAUUUUUAGCAGCAAUAAUUUUACUAUUCAAAAUCCUCAAAUUGCAGGAGCAGAAGCAAGAUAUAUAGUAGAUACCGGGGAACGACCGUACAUACAAAUUAAUGGAGCACCUAUAGUCGUUCAGGAAAGCGUGACGAAUGAGUGUGAUAAGGAAGUGACUAAGACCAAAGAUGAAGAUAAAUUUUGGGAUAGAAAUAAAGUUAAAUUGCUCCUAACAUUAUGCUUAGAGAAUAGAUACAGAAACGCCACCAAAGACAAAUCUCUCUGGAACGAAAUUGCAGCUCACCUCGGCGCAAGCUCUGAUGAAUGCAGUAAGAAGUACCGAAACCUCAGACGAACCUAUGUAAGGCUCUUAAAAAAGAAAAGGUUGGGGAAAGAAAUUAAAUGGGUACAUUAUAACACAUGUGAGGAAGUUUUCAAAGAAUGUAAAUCACUGCCAGCCUCAGUUCUUGAACCUUGGGAGGAACACAAAGUAAGAAGAUUGCUCACUCUUUAUAUUGAAAAUCUCAGCAAAUUCAGGAGUUCAGAUUAUUUACAAAAAGACCUGUGGAAAGAAAUAGCCUCCCAAUUAGGCACAACAGACUAUAACUGUUACCACAAGUUCAAAAAUUUAAAAAGAGCUUAUUUUAACUGGAAAGAGAGAAGUAGAGAAACUGGAAAACCAAUGAAGUGGCCAUACCACCAUUAUUUUGAAAGAAUCUUUUAUAAUUACAAUCCAAAUGUAGGGCCCUGGGACAAGAAUAAAACAAGGUUGUUAAUAGAUGCAUACAUGCAAAUAGCUGACAAAUUCAAAAACCCAAGAUAUCAGAAGAAAGAAUUGUGGAAGGAGAUAUCUGACACUGUUGGAGAAGACCCCACAGAUUGUGACAAGAAAUUUCGAAAUCUGAAACAAACUUAUAUAAGGUUAAAAAUGAGAGAAGAUUCAGGCAGAUGUAUUACAAAAUGGCGAUAUUAUAAAGACUUUGAAGCAAUAUAUGGAGUACAAUCCAGUUAUACUAGCACUGAUGAUGGAACACUUAAAAUGACAUACAGAACUCAAGAUGACAAUUAUGUAAAACAACUUUUAUCUUUCUAUGUUGACAACAAAGAUAGAUUCAAAGAUCCGUUAGUGAAAAAGAAGAAUAUGUGGAGAUUACUCGCACCGAAAAUUGGCUUAUCGUCAGAAGAAUGUGAUCGCAAGUUCCGCAACUUGAAACAAACAUACCUCAGGCUGGCAGAAAAGAAAAAGGAAACUGGAAAGACAAACAACUGGCCAUAUUAUUCUUAUUUUGAAAAAAUAUACAAUGAACCUGCAACGGGCUCAGGGAAUAUAAACAAUAAAAAUGUAUGCCUAGAUCAUAUUACAAUGGCUAACAUAAAAAGAAUAGUACAAGAAGUUCAACACAGAAAAGAUAAUGAUAAGUUUGAAAUAUUGGUCCAGUCCAUAGAAGAAUCUAACCACAUACAAAGGGAACGAAAUCGAAUAUUACAAGCAUUGUUAGACAGACAUUGA